UACCUCCCUCUCGAUCCCCUCCACCCCCCCGGGCAAAAAAAAAAUACCCCGAUCUCUCUCGAUUCCAGUCGAUUUCUCCGCCGUCUAAUCCUCGAAAGAAGAAGGAAAAUGUCGGGAAAAGGAGCGAAGGGAUUGAUAACGGGGAAAUCGAACAAGGACGACAAGGACAAGAAGCGGCCCGUCUCUCGCUCCUCUCGCGCUGGCCUUCAGUUUCCUGUUGGUCGUAUCCAUCGUCUCCUGAAGUCUCGAAUUGCAGCAAAUGGUAGAGUUGGAGCUACUGCUGCUGUAUACUCUGCAGCUAUUCUCGAAUACCUCACUGCUGAAGUGCUGGAGCUUGCUGGCAACGCUAGCAAAGAUCUCAAGGUUAAGAGAAUCACUCCAAGACAUCUUCAGCUCGCGAUUAGGGGAGACGAGGAGCUUGAUACCCUCAUCAAAGGGACAAUAGCCGGAGGUGGUGUUAUUCCUCAUAUUCACAAGUCUCUCAUAAACAAAUCAUCCAAAGAAUGAGUGACAUUUAUCAAAACUUCACCUUUGAAUCAUUUAUGACUUCUAAUUGCUAUUAAUUUUCUGCUCAGUACUUGCAUGUCUGGAUCAGUAUCUUUUUGGUGACAAUUAGCUGGUUCCAUGUGUAUCUUGGGUUAUUUUUUGUUUCAUCGGCUUUGUAUUGAGAAGUUUCCAUGAAUAUAUUUCCACAAUCCUGACAUUUAUGAAGUACUUAUAUUUCAAGCAGAGGGGCCUUGUACCGUUAAUCUAUUUUCUGGAUGUGAACUAGACCAGAAAACAAGCAAAAGAGAAGUUCUUUUCUGC